UGUUUCAGCUUACAAUGAGUUUGUUAACUUCAAUAUCUAAAGUACAGAAGCAACCACUUAUGAAUGUUACUGAUGCAGUUUUGCCUGAAAUACUCACUUUGGUACAUUCUCCUCUUUUACAGGGUGCUGCAUUGAAUGCCAUGUUAGAAUUUUUUCAGUCUUUGGUGACUACACAGCUGCCUGGUGUAACAUACAGAGAAUUACUGAGGAGACUUACUGCACCAAUUUGUUCAGUGAAUGGGCAACAUGGUCAAGAAGGAGCAUCACAUAUUAUACAUAAACAGGCAUAUCAUUCAAUAGCAAAAUGUGUAGCAGCUCUGACUAUCACUUGCCCUCAGGAAGCACUUCCUGUAGUUCAACAGUUUCUACAAGAAUUAAAGGUAAAGCGGAAUAUUGACUCAGUUCAGUUAUUUGCUCUGCUUGCUAUAGGAGAAAUUGGGAAACAUAUUGAUUUGAGCAGUAUAUCAGAACUGAAAACCGUACUUUUGGAUUCUUUUUCUUCUCAGAGUGAGGAAGUCAAAACAGCCGCUUCCUUUGCAUUAGGAAGUGUUGCUGUGGGUAACCUGCCUGAAUACCUUCCUUUUGUACUGAAUGAAAUUGAAAAUCAACCUAAACGUCAAUAUCUCCUUCUUCACUCAUUAAAAGAGAUUAUUAGUUGCCAGUCUGCAAGUCCAGCUUCAGUGAAGCUUCUUCAGCCAUUUAUAAAAAAUGUUUGGAGUAUGUUGUUUAAUCAUUGUGAAUGUACAGAAGAAGGUACAAGAAAUGUAGUUGCAGAAUGUUUAGGAAAAUUAACUCUUAUUGAUCCCGUGAAUCUUCUGCCAGAACUCAAAUCAUACCUUAAUUCAGAAUCACCUCUAGCUCGUAGUACAGUGGUCACAGCAAUGAAGUUUACUAUUUCCGACCAGCCACAGCCAAUCGACACAUUACUUCGGGGUUGUAUUGGAGAUUUUCUGAAAACAUUGAAGGAUCCUGAUUUAAAUGUCCGGCGAGUAGCUCUUGUGGCAUUCAAUUCAGCUGCUCAUAAUAAACCAUCAUUAAUUAGAGAUUUAUUAGAUUCUAUCCUGCCAGAAUUAUACAAUGAAACUAAAGUUCGGAAAGAACUUAUCAGAGAAGUUGAAAUGGGGCCAUUCAAGCAUACAGUUGAUGAUGGUUUAGAUAUUCGAAAGGCUGCUUUUGAAUGUAUGUAUACUCUACUAGAUUCAUGCCUUGACCGUUUGGACAUCUUCCAGUUUUUAAACCAUGUUGAAGAUGGUUUAAGAGAUCAUUACGAUAUUAAGAUGUUGACUUAUUUGAUGCUAGUUCGACUUGCAUCCCUUUGCCCUUCUGCUGUAUUACAAAGGAUAGAGCGUCUGGUGGAGCCUCUGAGAGCCACGUGUACAACAAAAGUUAAAGCAAAUUCUGUGAAGCAAGAGUUUGAGAAACAAGAUGAAUUAAAACGAUCUGCCAUGAGAGCUUUUACUGCCUUGUUAGCUGUGCCCGAUGCCGAUAAGAAUCCAUUGAUGAAUGAGUUCUUGGCUCAAAUCAAGUCCACUGCAGAACUUCAAAUUCUCUUUGAGAGUAUUCAGAAAGACUGUUCAGGAUCUGUUUCUGAAUCUGCUCUUCUUAUGGACAUCAGUUAGUUCUUUGAUACAAUAAAUAUUUAUUUGAAAUUUUUAACAAAUGCUCGCUACUACAAAAAUUCGCAAUGUUUUGACUGAAGGACAACAGCACUAUUUUUGGCUGAAUGUUAAAAUGUACUUUUAUUUGUCAUUUAACGGCAAAAUUCACAUUCAAUGGAAAUACUAUAAAUUCAGGAAUUAUACUUGUGUUCAUAAGAUUAGGACAUCUAAAAUUCAGAAAAAAUCUAAUGUUCUAUUCAUGCCUAUUUUCAAUCUUCAUUAUAUGAUUUUUAAGUUCUGUACUAACUCUUUUGCAUAUUUGUUGAUUUUUUUCAGCCAGAGUGUGCUAUGUUAAAUAUGUGUUUCAUAAUAAAAGCAUUUUUUGAGAAAUUUA